AUGAGCCAACACAAGGAAUCUAUAUCAACUGAACAUGAUAAUGAACCUUCUAUCAAUGAACAAUCAGUAACUGCAAAUACCCAAGAUAAUAAUAUAUGGAAUUUAUAUGGAACAAUAGGACAACCCUUAACAGAUACAGAAACUGAAGAUAUUAAUUAUGUUAGUAUGGUUGCUAUUGGUGCUGCAACAUCAGCUGCAUUAUGGAAAGCUUAUUUCUAUAGACCAGAAGAGAUGGAUGACUUUACAACAUAUUCUAUGUUUAUUAUUACCUUAUUAACUAUUAUUGGUGGCACCUAUGUAAUAUAUAAUAUGAGAAAAAGAGAAAGAAGUGAACUAAAUCAAGUAGCCAGAGAUGAACAAAAUAAUAAUCUAAUUACUCAGUCAGAUAGAGCAACUAGUCAGGAUACUCAAAUUGACUCAAGUACUCCAAGUUCUCAAAAUAAUAAAAAAACAUCUACAAUUAAAAGACGAAAACAAAGAGUAGAAUAA